AUGGCUUCAAAACGUCUCACGAUCGUCAUCAAAUUAGGGACGAGCUCCAUCGUGGAUGAGAACACCCAUGAGCCUAUACUGUCUAUAUUAACCUUAAUUGUGGAGACCGCCGCAAAACUUCAUCGCGACGGACAUAAUGUUGUGCUCGUUUCGUCCGGUGCUGUCGGCGUUGGUUUACGGAGAAUGGAUAUCGACGAGAGGCCGAAACACUUGCCCCGUAUACAGGCCUUGGCCGCGGUUGGGCAAUGUAGACUGAUGAGUCUUUGGGACGGUCUUUUCUCGCAUCUCCGUCUCCCGGUCGCACAGAUCUUGUUGACCAGAAAUGACAUUGCGGAUAGGACACAAUAUCUCAAUGCCCAAAAUACCUUCGCACAGUUAUUCGACAUGGGUGUGAUCCCCAUAGUCAAUGAGAACGACACUCUCGCUGUCUCGGAAAUCAAAUUCGGUGACAAUGACACACUGUCGGCAAUAACAGCAGCUAUGGUCAAAGCCGAUUACCUCUUCUUAAUGACGGAUGUCGACUGUCUAUACACAGCUAACCCACGCCACAACCCAGAUGCGAAGCCUAUCGAGGUUGUCACGGAUAUUUCGUCUUUGGAGGCCGAUGUCUCGUCUGCCGGAUCUUCUUUAGGGACAGGAGGCAUGAGUACCAAGAUUGUCGCUGCUAAAUUGGGGACCAGUGCGGGCGUGACCACAAUCAUUACCAAAAGCUCUAAACCGGGUAAUGUCCAUGAAAUUGUCAGAUACCUUCAGCAAACGGAGCAACUUGGCCUGGAGUCUGGAGAUUCUACGAGCUCGUUAGAAUUGCGCACACCGCCCCCACUACACACUCGAUUCAUUCCUUCGCAAACCCCAAUUCAGUCCCGAUCUUUCUGGCUCCUUCAUGGCCUGAAACCAAGAGGUACACUAUAUAUCGAUCAUGGUGCUUAUAGUGCUCUCCAGAAAAAGGCUGGCUUGCUCCCGGCAGGCGUUGUGGGGGUGGAAGGUCAUUUCGGCCAACAGGAAGCAGUGCGCUUGGUUGUGGUUGAGAAGAUCUCGCCAGACGCCCUGAAUGGGGAGUUCCUACACCAUGGCCAGGAGCCGAAGGAAGUUGGGCGUGCCCUAGUCAAUUACGGCAGCAGUGAAAUCGUCCGCAUCAAGGGCCAGAGAAGCACACAUAUUCAAUCACUACUCGGUUAUGCAGAUAGUGAAUAUGUGGCUCUUCGAGAGAACAUCUCUUUCACACAGAGUAACGACAGUCCACGUCAUUGA